AUGCGUGUUGCUACCGCUAUCCUCGGCGCUGUCGCCGCCACCGUCGUCACUGCCAACGACAUUCGCCUUAAGAUUCACAAGAGAAUCGAGCCGACCAAGGUCAUCAAAGUCCUCGAAGCCCGGGGGACGCCCGAAUGUACCAGCGCUAUCCUUGCUUUCGCCGAAGCCGUUACCGGUUCCGACCCCCUUCCCACACCUCCUAUUGAGCUCGAGAAGUGGGCCGCCACCGCAGCCAUUGCCAACUCUACAAUCGACCCUGCGCAACCAUAUCCGUCACUGGCUCUAUUGGCGCCGUCUAUACUUCUUGGUCCAGCUCUAUAG